AUGAGUGUGGGGUUACCCGAUGUACCUUCUGUCUCCUUCUCUGACGUUGCAACUGUCUCCCCUCCUCUUAAGGAGUUGCUGCCUCGGCUGCAGUUGCUGCAGGCUGAAGCGUCCCUUGUGGUGUCGCUUGUAAAAGGAGACAGAGAACAACGGGACUCUGCGGAUCCUCAGGAGACAGCAGACGCAGGGACCCUCGACGCCCUGGAGACAGUUGCGCGAAUUGCUCGUGCGUCGCCACCACCCAGCUGUCUCCUCAUGUCUCCUUCACAGCGUCUCCUGUACGUGCUGCAGCAGCUGCUGCGCCUCAUGAACCCCCACUCGCUGCAGCAGCAACUCGUUCAGGAGACACCUGUCUCCUGUCCCCUGCAGAGGGAGGAGGCGGAGAUACAGCUGGCGCCAGCGGGGGAGUUUCUACUCGAGGCAAUGCGUCUCUGUCUCCAGCAGCACGCUGAUGCUGCUGCUGCUACUGCCGCUGCUGUUGCAGCAAGGAGACAGCAGCAGCAAGAGGGAGACAGCAGCCUCCAGGGUACACCAGGAGACACGCAAAGAGACACCUCCAUUGAUACUCUAACACAAAACAACGCCAAAGAGCCCAACACGGACGCAAGCGAAGGAAACUUAACAGAAUAUCUACUGCGGCUGCGAGCUGAGAGAGAGGCCCUAGAGACCUUGCAGUCGUUCGCUGCUGCUGCUGCUGCUGCUGCUUCGCCUGCUACAACUCUGUUCUCCUUAGAGCAGCUACUAGCUAGCCCCUCCCUCCAUCACCUGGAGGCCCUGAAGGCUCCCGAGGAGACGGUCUAUCGCGAGCUCUUCUAUCACUGUCUCCUCCGCUGCUUUGCUGUCUUCACCGCCCCUUCCCCAGCAACUCUCUUCGACUGUCUCCGCCUCCAGCUAGCCACCGUAUGCAGGGAGAUGCUGCAACAGGCAGGCCUCCAAUCGCUCUGUCUCCUCGAGCUUGUAAGCAGCAGCUCCAAGACAAAGGAGGAGACAACUCCCAAAAACCAAAAGGAGGCAGUGAAAAAACACUUGCUCCUCCCCCCCAAAAGCUGCGAUGCAAAGGAGACACUGUCUCCUGCUGUGGAGACUCCUUUGGGUGUGUCCUGCAGCUGCAGCAUCCCCCAAGAGUUGAAGGCCCUUGAUGAGGAGCUGAGGCCCUCAAGGAAAGGAGACAGACAAAAGUGGAGUCUCCUUCGUCUCCUCGCUAAGUGGCUGAGGACGCCAGCGUGGAGACAGAGACUGAGAGGAGGAGACAACGACUCAGGAGACAGCAGCACAGCAAACAACGAAAAAGGAGACACCCCACUCCCCCCACUUCUAUUGCCCUAUGGCUCCUCUGUUACACGCUUUGGUGACUGGGCCUCAGAUCUUGACCUCGCGCUACUGCUGCCGUCCCGCUGCAGCACCGGAGCAUCAAAGGAGACGCUACAACACUCGUCUUGCUGCUCUCGACUGUCUCCUUCUUCUCCCUGCUGUCUCCUUUGUGGCCAGGAAAGGGACUGUCCCCACGACUUUCUAUCAAAGGCAGACGCCGCUGCAGUCCUAACAAGACUUGAGGGUCUCCUCCGCAGCGAGGUGCAGCUGGAGGGCCUCUUCACCUGCCUGGAUGUUGUGGUGCCCCAGCGAGCUCCACCGGUGCUGCGUGGGGUGUACAGACACCCGAGAGGCCCCCAAAGACGGCCAAGCAAAGCGGCCUCGUGCUGCUCCUCAGCCAGCAGAGAUGUGUCUCCUAAUGGAGAGUCUCCAAGGGCCCAGAACCCUUCUUACGUCCCUUCAGUCCUGGGGGGAAAAGGAGACAGAAAGGAGACUGGCAGAGACAGCGCAGGGGCAGAGUCAAGCCCAAAAGAGGCCUCUAGGGAGACGGGAAAAACCAAACAAACCAAAGUCCUCACUGCUGCAGGGCCUGCACAGGGAGGGGACAGCAGAACAGCCUUGGGGGUAUCUCCACCGGGGCCCCCGGCGGGGCCCCCCGGGCCCCCCUCAUCGAGGCUCCCAAGCUAG